UCCUUUUACCUUUUUUAUUUAAAAUAUAUUUCAUAAAUUUAACACAUCUCCAUCAAAGCACUCCGUGACUUAAUCUAUUAUCUAAAUUGGUAUCUGUCGCGUUUCAAUUGAAGUAUUAUGGAACAUAAUAACAAAACUGAUAUACCAUAUUUUGAGGAAUCAAACAUAUUUUUAACUGAUUUUUUAAAUAGGAUUAUAAUCGAACAAGAAGCACAUGCAAAAAUUUUUCAAAUCUUGCAAAAAUGCAUUGAACGUUUAAUUUUCUUUUCCACAAAAUUAUGUAAUUUGUGCACCCAACAAUUUUAUAAAGACUGGGAAGAUGUAAAAGUGGAUUUUUCUAAAGCCAAUUAUUUAUAUCUAAACAGUAUUACUACCAGCUCAAAUUUAAAAUCACACCUAUUUAAACAAUCUCAUUCCAAUUUUAAUCUUGAUGCAAAUAAUGUGGACCUUGCUACUAACCUUAUCUCACCUUUGAAACACUCUAAACAAAUAUUAAAUUCUUCAAGUCAAAAUGAUAUGGGAAACUAUGAAAGACCCUCAGUUUUAAAAUAUAAUAAUAGUUAUUCCCAACAUAAUUUAAAUUUGUCAAAUGAAUAUGAAGAUCAUAAUAAUGAUAUUUUAGACAUUAACCAUCCAAAAGCCAUAAUCAAUACAGUCAUUUCUACUAUUAAAACAGAUGAAGCUUUAGGUCUCCAAUCAAAACAAUAUGAAGAAAUGGAAAUAUUAAAUGAAGAGAAUGAGAUUGACAAAGCCAUUACUAAUCAUCAAAAUUUACAAAUUGAUAAGUCUAUUUGCAUAGAUGAUAAAAAGAUGGACAGUGCUAUUAAUGUUUCUGACGACAAAGUCUUAUAUGUAUGGCAUUUUAAUGAUCAAGAUAUAGUUAAGAAUGAUGUUUUGCAAAUUAACAAAAACACAAUUAAAAAUAGUGAAAAUUUCCUUUUAGACGGGGUCGAUAAUAACACAAAUACCAUUGAACAAAAUUUGUUUAGAAAGUCAGAUUUUGAAAAUUCCAGAUUGUCAAUAAUUGGAAAACAUAAAAGAAAAGAUGAAAAAUGUGAAGCUAAUGACUAUAUCAAAGCAUUCAACACAAUGGAUAGUUCCAAUAAUUGCCACACUCACAUUUACUCUGAUAAUUCUGGAGAAUCAAUUCAAAUUAGCAAAGAUGAACAUCUUCAUACAAAUCCAAAUUCCGCUGGGUCAUUAUCUGUCGAUACUGAUGACAUUAUCAUAGAAAAGGAGAUAGGGAUAGGUGAUCAAGAUAUAACUAGAGAAAAUAUUUGGGCAUCAAGCCAGGCUCAAAAAGGUGGGAAUUUUUCCGAACACGAUUAUCGUCCCAAUGUUUUAAACCUUUAUAAAAACGUCGAAAACUUAAAAUCUAGCAUAAGUUCGCUAUUGCCCCCCGAAAUCCAAGAACAAAAAAGGCCAAAAAAACGGAAAAGUAGCCUCCCUAUCAAAUUCUCGCAAACGUAAAACAACUGUUUUUCUUAAAUGAUCAAUCUACCUUAAGGGUGACCCCCCUCCACCUCUUUACAUUCAAAUAUAAUUUUAAAUAAUUAUUUUUUAGGUAAUAAAAUAGGGUUUGUUAUAAUAGAUAGAAUUUAGAAACGACGAUUUGUAUAUAAUUAAAGUUUCUAAUAACUAAUUUAUUUUCCCAUCGUAUCUUAUAAUUAUUAAAUAUGAUCUCAAGGAGCCUGAUUUUUAUUACUAAUGUGGAGAAAUGCAAUAAUUUUUUUGUGAAGUUAUGUGGUCUGACUCAUAUUAGAGUAUUAAUUAUUUGACAUUUUUAUUUGUUCCACUUACACGAAUUGCAUUUUCGCCUAUUUACUUAUAAAUAAAUGUGGCGUAUUUAAAUCUUAUUAUGGUGUAUUGUAGUAUAAUAUGUAUAUGGAAAAUUCAUAUUUAUUAUUUAGUCCUAAAGUAUGACUUCUUGUAUUAUCGAUAUAUAUUUUUUGAUUUAUAAAACUUAUGAACUAUAUUAUGUUGAAAUUUUUUAAAAAUAUAAUUACUAAUAUUUGUAAAACACUCAAGACAAGUUUUUGGUCUAAAAAUAAAUCAAAUCCGCGACCAAUAGGACAUAGGUUUAUAUGCCUCGUUUUGAUUUUUAAUAAUAUAACAGAUUCUGUAAAAAAAAUUAUUUUUUAUACCCAAAAUAACAAAUGUAUAAAAUUUUUAACUAGUAAAAAUAAAAGAUAUAUGUUAGUCAACCAAAUUAAUCGACUAAUAAGGUCACUCUAGUUUUUGAUCGGGUUACUCGAGACUUUUAGACGUAGUUGGAAAAACCCGAAUAAUUAAAACGCCAACGAAUAUUCUAUAAAAUAUAGUUUACUGUCACAA